UCCAAGGUGAACGCGGAAGUGAGAAACUCCUCGUGCGCCCCUAUGGAGUCGCUGCUGCAGCAUCUGGACCGCUUCUCCGAGGUCCUGCAGGUUUCCCGCACGAGUCACGUCAGCACCUGGGACGUGGGGACCGUGCGCCGCGCGCUGCAGUGGGCGCGCUACCUGCGCCAAGUCCAUGAGCGCUUCAGCCGCCACGCCGCCAUUCGCCAGGCCCUGGAGCAGCAUCUGCAAACCAGGUGGAAGCGGGAGGGAGACCCGGCGCCCGCCCCAGUCUCCGGGUUACCGAACUUCCAGGUCUUGGAGCACUGCGAGCUCCUUUUAGCGCUGAAUCUGCUGGAGAACCGGUCCCUCGGGGAUGCCGCCCAUCGCUUCCUGCUCCAGCAGCUCUUCCCGGGCCCUGGCCCCCAGGCCGAGGGCGAGGACUUUCUCCAAGACAGUUUGGCCCUCCUGGCCCGUCGCCGGGCUGCUGUCCACUUGCUACUCCUGGACGGCCCUAGAGCGAGUCCGACCCUUCAGGGCGACCCGCUGCUAAAGACACAGGCCCAGCUGCUGCUGGGACGCCUGCAGGACGUGGGUUACGCUGGCCCCCAGGGCCCCCGCGCUUUGCUCUGCAGCUUGUGGGAGCGCGUGCCCCGGGACAACUUCCUGAAGGUGCUGGCCACCGCGCUGCUGCUGCACCCCGACACCCCCAAAGAGGAGUCGGAGUCCGACACCUCUAGCUCCCCCAGAAAGUGGGGGGCAGAGCUCCUCCCGUGGCUUCUGGGGAAAUCGGAUGCCCUGACCGCCUUUUGCCGCCACCUCCCAGCCGGACUGUUGGCCUCGGUGGCAGGCGGCCACCCCGCCUUCUGCCAGGCCUAUGUGGCUCUGCUGACCGAGUGGGGUGGACAUCUGCGCCACGACCUCCGGGAAGGCGCGUGGCUGGGAGCCGAGGCCGGUGCCGUGUCCUGGGGGGAGCUGCAGGGCAGGUUUCACAGUCUCUGGCAGGCCUCGCCUCCUCUCCAGAGGGAAGUGCAAGCCGUGCUAGAAGCUUGCAAGGCCCAGGAGGGAGACUUUGAAGUUCCUGGGCUCAGCGUCUGGACUGAUCUGUUGGCAGCCCUUCGGAGGGGUUCCUCAUCAAUGGGCGUUUAAGAAAAAGACAAGUGUUGGGUCUCAGUUCACCACCCUCUUUGUUAUGCACCUCCUUCUUUGGCAGUCUACAAUUAUAAAGUAACCGUGUUCUCACCAAUCCUUCUAUGUAUCCAAAAUACAAUUUUUUGUUUCAUGCUAUAAGUGAAUGGCUUAUUGGAUAGUUAGAAAUAUGUAAAGUGAUUAGCUUGAAUAGGAGGUAAUAGUAGGUCAUCUACUUAAAAUGAUGAAAUUAGCAAUAGGAUUUUUUUUUCAAAGAAGGCCUAGUUCAAAGACUGCCCAAAGAGCCACUUUUCCAUGACAAAGCUUUCAAGUAACAAGACACCCCCUUUUCGCUCAUAGUUUAGUUUUGUUGCUUCUUCCUUCCCCUUAUCCCAAGUAGUGAAGUUUCAAGGAGAAACAAGGAUUGCCAGAAACAGCUGGCUGAAGGGCCAACUGGCACAUUUAGAAAUUAAUCCCUGGCCUUUUUAACCUGGUGUUCUAAGCAAUUAACCAGGCCUAGCAUAAGUUGUGUUAUUAAGAAAGUUUGUUUGUCAUUUCUGCAAAUAUUCCAGGCCCAAAAAGCAUUUUUUCAAAGUAUUAAAUUCAGCACAAGAAAAAA